AAUUAAUAUAAAUCAAUGUAGAAUUGGUUAAUAAAUAUGGAAAAUUUUUGUCCGUAUUAAAAAAUAAUCCAGCUAUGACAUUACGCAGAAAUAUAGUGCCCACCUUCGUGAUAUUCGUGUAUAAAUACAACAAAGCCUUAGAUGUUAAUGUCAAUGUACACCAUCCAUUUUAUUUGUUUAAUAGACAAUAUUCACAACAAAUUUCCAAUCAGGAUUAUAAGCAAUAUUGUUCAGUAUUACAAGUUCCAGAAAAUAGUGGAGCAAAUGAUAUACGCGAUGCUUUUAUAAAAUUAGCAAAACGAUUUCAUCCAGAUAGUGGUCAUGAAGAAGCUAAUGCUGAAAAGUUUAAGGAGAUUGAAACAGCAUUUAGAAUAUUAAAAAAUCAUCCCCAUACAACGAAGGUGGAUGAAAUCGAAAAGUCAACUGAAAAACAGGAUAUUAAGCAUGUAGCGCCACAACAUAGACAGUAUUUAUCAUUCGACGGUGUGGGCUCAGGAUCGCCAUAUCAACGACAGCAAGAAUAUGCGAAAAAGCGUGCAAUGCAAGCGGCCGAUAAUGUGUUACAGCAUCGUUUAAAUAAAUCAUCCGUUCAGCCAGAAGAUAAAAAACUUAAAACGAAUGAUAAUAAAAACUAUAGACAUAACCAUAAAAUUAAGACGAAAUAUGGUAUAGACCGUAUUGUUGAAGAUUUAAUUCAAGAGUCAAUGUCAAAAGGUGAAUUUAAUAAUCUUCCAGGAAGUGGAAAACCAUUAAAAUUAAAUCAGAAUUUUAAUCCAUAUGUAGAUUUUACAACUCACAAAUUAAAUCAGGUUUUAAUUGAAAAUGGUUUUACACCCGAAUGGAUAACACUACAAAAGGGUAUACGUGAAGACAUAACAAAGUUGAAGAGUGCCCUUGCUGAGGACCGUAAAAUGUUUAAUGCAAUGCCACUGACCGAUGAAGAGGAAAGACGUUGGGAAAAAUGUCUUGAGAAAUAUCACGAUACAGUAGAUAAGAUCAAUAAAAAAAUCCAAUAUUAUAAUUUGGUUGUACCAAUUUUACAAAAACAAAUGGUUAAUGUAAAUAUUAAAAAAUUAAGUAAAAAGAUACUAGAAAAGGGCGUUAGUCGUUGUAAAAAUACUAAUAGCAAUGCAACUGCAAGUACGCAGACAAUAUCUUCAACAAAAACAACCACAAAAUUAAGUAAUUCUGGAUUUUUACGUUUUAUUGGAUCGUUUAUUAAUUUAUGAAAAUCAUCUUGAUUAUUAAAAAAAUGUGAUAUGAUAUUUAGUUGUGGAAUGUGUGAUAAUAUAGGUAUAAUAGUGAAGAAUAACGGGUUCAUAUUUAAAUGAUUACUUUUGUACCUGAU